AUGGAUGCGGACGAGAUUCAAACACCUCGUCUGUUGCUCAAGCAGCUCCACACCAACGAUGAGGGGAGUCAAGAUCUGGACUGGUACCAUCGGCUUUGGAGCAACGAACUGGCCACGCAAUGGAGUUAUCGCGGGGCAUGCAAGACCAAGGCAGACAGCCAGCAAUGGAUGGCGGGGGUCCUCUCGCGCAAUGCUACAGGCAACAAGGUCAAAACAGCCUUUGCCGUGCUACCCAGGACGACGGAACUGCAGUCCACCGCCCCUGAAGCAGUAAUGGGUAUCGUGACGCUCCUCUCGUCAACCUUUCGCCUGCCGUCCGAGCCCGCGGCCGACCCUGAAGACGACGGGAGCGUGGUCGAGCUGGGCUAUCUGUUCCACCCAGACUCCUGGGGCCACGGAUACGCCACUGAAAGCCUGCGCGGGUUCCUCGACGCAUAUGUCCGGCAGCGCACGGCUCGGAGGGGCUCGACGGCCAGGCCUUUCGAGAUCAGGGCCAGCGCGCACAGCGACAACGGCGCGAGCAUCCGCGUACUGGAGAAGCUGGGCUUUGAGGAGCUGGGUCGCUUCGAGCACGAGGGGCGGCUACCCCUGAGGAAAGAGUCUUCAAAGGACGUGGUGGUGCACCUGCGCCUGCGGAAAUGA